AUGUAGACCUAAUGGCCAACUGCCCGCGUCGCUCCAAUACCAAAAGCCGAGCGCCUCCGGUAUACCGAAGAGAAAGACUCAUCUGUUAUCAUGGGUACCAAUACCUUCUACAACAUGUCUCGAUGGGCUGCUUUCUGGUGCAAGCGAGCACUCCUGCGUGUGGUCUUCAGAUCGUUUCUCUUGAUGUCCAUAAUUUUAUUAUCGAUAUCCAUCAUGGUGCUGAGCCCCAAUUUGUAUUCCGUCAAUGAGGCUCAUAGGCCUACAACUGUCUCCGCACUAGUCACAGGAAGGCAGAGUAUAAACAGCACAUUACAUUGUGCCAUACAGAAUGGCAGUCUCAGUACCUUUGCACGGAAGUACGCGAAUCAUUACACCGCAAACGACGUAGACUUUCUUGUCGCAGUCGACAUCAUCAUGAAACGGAAAUGGCAACAGAACUCGGCCUUCAGUCAGGUUUUCAGAAACGACUUACGGGCUGCCUUGGGAGACAAGGGGAAACUAGACAGAUUUAUCCUUACCAGACAAAAUGUACGUUGGGGAGACAAAAUCAACUUCUACAGGCAUAAAGCAUCUGCAAGGAUAUCAAGACAGUUGUGGCAAUUGUUGCCAAAAGAUACGUUUUUCAAACCAGGAAUCAUCCAACGCUGCAGCGUAGUCGGUUCAAGUGGCAUACUCAAAGGCUCCCAGUGCGGUCACAGUAUAGACAAAGCAGAUUUUGUUUUUAGAUUCAACCUGGCAGACGUCAAAGGAUACGAGACAGAUGUUGGCGGGAAAACCAAUUUCACAACCUUAAAUCCUUCACUUAUUAUGAUAAAGUACAGCUCGCUCAGGAGAAAAGAAGAUCGCACACGAUUUGCUGAAGCACUGAAACAAUUCAAAGGAAGUCUUCUGUUUCUGCCGGCUUUUGCUUUCAAGUGGAGGUACCAGAUGCUCAUCCAAGCUGCGAGUGUUGCGAAGAAAUCAGUAGGUCUGCAACCGAUCUUUGGGCAUCCUGACCACUACACGUCGGUGGCAAAUCUUUGGCAGAAAACAAUAAAUGGAACAAGAUGGACGACAACAGGCCUUCACGUACUCUCAUCAAUAUUGGACUUCUGUGAGCAAAUAGACGUCUACGGUUUCUGGCCCUUUCCAACGACACUGGAUGGCCGUGCUGUGUCCUAUCACUACCACAAUGAUAUCAACGGCACCACAUCACACAGUUUUGGCAAGGAGUUCAGAGGUUUAGUGUAUUUACACGAGCAGGGAAUCAUCAAGUUGCACAUUGGUUCGUGUUAAUGAUAGUACGAGGGUGCUUCGUGUGGAUGCUCUCUCUGUAUAGAGGACUGACUGCAGAGAAAUAUGUUUAGUAUCCUCAU